AUGGUAAAAGUAUUACGGAUAAUUAACAGUUCACGUCCAAGUUUUAAAAUCGUGGUACCGUCUACGAGAACAUUGAGAGAAACGCAGAAAGAUAUUUUCAAGGAUGAACAAGUAGCAUUGUCCAGUUCGGAAAUCGAGGAUUUAAAUCUUCCUUAUAACGAGACUGGGUCUUUGAACGAGAAAAAGAAGUCAUUUACCGAUGUACCUUUCGACGAGAAAAGACCUUCAGAGGAAGAGGAGGAUGAGUUUGAUAAGUAUGUUAAAGUAAUUGAUACGAAACACGUCGGCAAUCGUUCAACAUUUGAUCCAUCGUUCGAAUCGAAGAAUGAAAUGCUUCAUAACGAUCACAAAGUUAUCUCUAAUAUUGACGAUGAAUCAUCAUCGUAUGUUGAUUCUAAUCGAAAUGGAUAUUCUUCAAACGAAAAUAUAAUAUCAUUUGAUAUCUCGAAAGAACCUAAAAAUAAGAGCAAAAAGGAAAUCGUUAAUUAUUCUCCUUCCGUGCCAAUAGAAAAAUUUGUGGAAAAUAACAAAUCUACAAUCGAUUACAAUCUAUACAAUAUCCCUUAUGUCGAGGUACCCGAUUAUACGGAUGAAAGGGAAGAAAGUUUAGACGAGGAGGAUCGUCUACGUGCUAAAUCACAAAAUUCAAAUUCUAAGAAUUUAUCGAUUGACUCUAUUGACCGAGCGAUGAUAAUAAUAAAUACUACGUCCGAUCAGGCGUAUUCAGUGGGGAAAAAAAAUGAAACGAUUGACAAACAUGGUAAUCAAUCGCUACGAUCAAUGGCUACGAAGAACGUUAAAUCAUUCGAAAUUUCUGAUCCUUCGAAGAACGAUAUGAUUAAUCGUGAAAAAACGAAAAUGAAUGAGAAUAAUGUUCAGAGUUCGGAGUCCAAAGUUAAAAAUAAGUCGAGUGAUGACUUCGCCCUAUCCAAUAUUGAUUUUGAUAUAAACGAAUAUAGAAAGCCAUUCGAUUUGGAUGACUUUUUAAAAAACGAACCAUUUUUUCAUGAACUCAAAAAUAACAAUAACAAUAAACGAAACACGAAUUCGGACGAGGAAAUUCGCAUGGAAAACAAAAGGAAAGAUAUGGAAGAAAAUAAGAAGAGGAACUUAAAAACUUUGUCAUCCAUUCUUGAGAAAAAGGAUCGAAUUUCAAGAUUCGACGAGGAAGUGAAUAAGGAUAUCGAGGACGGUGUAAAAAAAGCUCCCUCCUUUUAUAAGAAUUAUUGGUCUCUGGAGUACAAGUUGCCUGGUAUGAAGGAUAUAAAAAGAGACGAAGAAAAUAUGAAUUAG